GAAGUUUGAAAACUGGGAUCCUCCAUGAUUCAGAGGUCCUCUGUAUGGUCCUUUUGUAAAUGCACAAGAGUCUUUCAAAAUAUUCAAGCUUCCGUCCCUGGCAUUGAUGUCGUGCGAGCAACAUGUGCUAUGUGAUUGUCACCUCGCGGACGCUUCUUUGGACAUUACUGACUAUGGCAACCACGUUAGCAAUGGUGGCAGCUGUCAUCACUCCUACCUGGCUCAUUGGACCCUCUCGAAAACUGCGAGCUCGAAGCAAGUCUCAUUCCGAUGAUGAGAUCUUUACACCUUCUUUAGGUCUUUACAACGGCUGCAUUAAACUGCACGAAAUCGAUCAGUUGUUUACUGAGACUUGUGCUCCUUUUGUCACCAGCUUCAGCAUGUCUUCAGAAGCGUUCCCGAAUUUCUGGAAAGCGGCCCUCGUUCUCUUUGUUUGUGGUCUCGGGUUAAUGUCUUUCACCCUCUUGACAUCACUCUCUUGUUGCUGCAUUCGCAGUGUCUUCAGGAAAUCUGUAUUCACCGUUUCAGGAACUAUCCAGGCUAUUGCAGGUCUUCUGUUUCUGUUGGGACUGCUUUUAUAUCCAGCUGGUUGGGGAAGUCGGCGCAUUCAGAUGGUCUGUGGCAACAGAGUUGGACCUUACAUUCUUGGCGAUUGCUUCAUAGGUUGGACUUAUUACUUAGCUAUGACUGGAACCGCCGUCACUUUUGUUUGCUCUCUCCUCUCCAUUCAAGCCGAAAUUUCCACCGCCGGCACUAAAGUGCAAGACGGUCUCUUGGAGGGAAAAAAACGUCAUCUGCCCUCAUCUAACGAUGAAAGAACGUCUGCCAUCAUUUUGGAAUAAAAAUGGCCCCCACAUCAUCUUCCACAAGCAAUGACCAGGACUGCUAAGUCAUGUGACAAUCUUUGAUAAAUUUAUGAUAAACAAAAAGGGUCUUCGUACAUUAACUUCUCGUUAAGGGAGACGAGAUGGCGACCGAUUCAUAACUCCUUACGCCCGAGUGAACUUGAUGAAAGAUUUUCUUCAUUCUUUGCCAAUCUCUUUUCUCAUUUAGGAGCAAUUUAUUAAAGAACUAAAAAACUGGACUCAGGAUGAAUUAAUUUUCAGUUUUCACAUUACAUAAAAUGCUGCAACAGCAGUUGUUUAUGAAAGAAUAUACAUUAUUGAGAGGAAAAUUUAUUCAACACAUAAUGUUUCAAGUUUUUCUGCUAUGUGUAUAUUUGAAUUUUUUGGAAUUGUUACUUCAAUUUGG